AUGGCCGCUGACGACCUCGAAGUCUCUUCCCGGGUCAUCCUCAAAGGAUCCGGUAACUGGGACGUGUGGAUCAGCAUAAUCCGCAAGUUCGCGAAGAAUCAGCAAAUCUGGGAAUAUGUCAACCCCGACGUUGUACAGAAGCCGGUUCUGACGCCGCCAGUCGAACCGACUCCGGGCCAAGCCCAGACAAACGCCACUGACAUACAGCAAUUGCAAGGUGAUAGCCUUAGCAAGUUCCAAAUCCUUGAGGCAAGGCAUCGAAGCCAACUUCAGACCUACAAGGACAAGACCAAAGCUUUGGCAACACUACAAGAAUACAUCGUCAAAACCGUUGGCAGAUACUACGAUAUCAUUGCCAAGGAAGAUGAUGUCGCAAAGGAACUCAUGAUCCUGAAGAACCGUGUCAAACCAACUGACUGGGCUCGGGAGAGUGAAGUCACGGAUCGAUAUUACGCUACGCUUAAGGCAGUCAGCAGAACAAAGGUCGAGGAAUGGAUCUCGAAAUGGCAAGUCAUACUGAACGAAGCCAAGAAUCUUGAUCUGCCUGAUAUAAGAGGCCUGCGACAGACUCGACAUUUCCUUAAGGCGGUAAAUGCUAUUGACCCGACAUUCUCGAAGGUCUGGAUCAAUCAGAUGGAAGCAAAGGCCCUAUCCCACGAGGAUGACGAGUGGCAAAAGACGUUCCCUGACGGAAUUAAGAUCAGUGAAAUUUUCGAACGGUCAUAUCGAUCAACUGCUCAAAGCUCGAGCAGCAGAGGUGCAUUCGCCACCUUCCAAGGUGAAGGGGAGCCUGAUGCAUCCAGAACCAACAGUAAGAACCCAGGGGGAAAACCAACUUGCCUCUGCGGUCGCAGGCACUUCUAUUCAGAGUGCUACUACCUUUCUGACUCGGUACGACCAGCUGGAUGGUCUCCGGACAACAAAGUCCAGGAAGAAAUCGAUCAGAAGCUUCAACACCCUACUAUCAAGGGCAAAGUCGAACGGUCCAUCAGGAACCGAAGGAAGAAGGAGGAACAGUCUCAGCAACAGGAUGGAUCGGAGAUCAAAGGAACCGCCUUUGCCGGAGCCAUAACCAAGAUUCAGCCAGAAGCUCCGCUACCGAUGCAGCAACCAUCCGACACCGAGAUCCAAUCCACUUUCUCAACUGCAGCUGUCUAUCCACUUCGUGAUUCCUUUAUCCUGGACUCUGGAUCCGACUUCCACAUUUGCAAUAACUCCAAACGCUUCGUUGAAGGAUCAUACAAACUUUGUGACAACGCCGAAGGAGCUUACUCUGGAGAUACACAACUCGAAAUCCUCGGAUACGGCGAUGUGAUCAUCCGCAUCGGAAACGCAGACAAGUUCAGGCUCCAAAAUGUAGCCUACAUCCCAAGAUUCCAUACCAACGUUGCGUCCCUGGAUCUCUUUCUCCAAAGAGGAUACAACUGGAACCCAGCAACAGGCGCCAUCUCCAGGGACGGAAAGACGAUCUUUCGCACAGUGAGGCGAUAUCGCCAGCCUGUCAUUGAAUUUAACCAAGUCGAUUACGAAUCGCACAUGCCACUGGCAACCGCCUUCACCUCAUCCACGCAGCCGAGACCCGAGUCCGCUGCAGAAGCCAUUCGCUGGCACCAACGCCUAGGACACCUUGGGUCUGAAGCCCUUGAACGCCUAGUUCAACAGACAACCGGAGCCAAAAUAAAUGGCCCACUCAAAAUCGAGUGCAAAGACUGCGCCGUUUCAAAGGCAAAACGUGUUGUCUCACGACGAAGCCCGCAGAUAAAAGCACCGCGACCUUUCUGGCGCGUCUACGUUGAUAUCUUCGCCAUGAGCGAUGGAUACAACGGAAUGAAAUACGCCAUGCUGAUCAGAGAUGAAUACACAUCCAUGAUCUACAUAUACCUUUUAAAGGAUGCAACCACUGAGAGUGUCCUCGGAGUGCUAAAGGCCUUUGAAGCCUACAUUCGACGACAAUUUGAUACGUCAAUUUGUGUUAUCCAUCGAGAUAAUGAUCGAGCACUUCAAGCAGAAUAUGACGCCUGGGUCAGAUCCCAAGGGAUCGAUGACGAACCCACCGCGCCAGACACACCGGCACAAAAUGGGCCUGCCGAACGAUCUGGGGGGGUAAUAGGCAGCCAGUCUCGCACAAUGCAGGUUGGUGCCAACUUUCCGGACGAAAUGUGGCCUGAGACCUGGAAAACUGCGGUGUAUCUACAUAACAGAUCGCCGCAGCAGGCCAAUAACUGGAAAACACCGUUCGAACGGCUGCACCAGUGGCUUCAGGAAAACAAUCGAGAUACCGGAUACCUCCAGACGCAGCCCGACAUUACACACCUAAAGGCGUAUGGAUGCCGCGCCUAUCCGCUGACCAGGGAAGCCCUACAAGGUAAGCAGAAGAAGAACCUAAAGACCCAUCCACAUGCAGAGAUCGGGUACCUUGUUGGAUACGACUCUACCAACAUCUUCAGGGUAUGGAUUCCAGAAAGAAAAGAAGUUCGCCGAGUCCGAGAUGUGACUUUCGACGAAACCCGUUUCUAUGAUCCAAGGGAUCACCAGCAGCAGCUUCACAUUGAAGAAGCAGAACCGCAACUUCAACUCCCUGCCCAUAUUGAAAGCGACCCAGAACCUGAGGAAUAUGACGGAAUCAGGACAGAGGCGCAUAGUGAGCCAGAAUCGCCACCUCUCCAGGAGGCAGGAAGCGAAGAUGAAACCCAAUCAACCAUUUGGGUUGGUGGUCAAGACCACUCCAAUGAAGAGACGGACCAAGAGCUUGAGGGCUUUAACAACCAAGCCAUAGGCCAAGUCGUCUAUCCAACUCCUGACUCAAGUCACAGAGGCUCGCACUGCCCAGACUUUCAAGAUCAGGACAACCUAGAGAAUCGACAAGACCAUGACAAUGAACAUGAGAUCGAGAUCGAUAAUCAGCCACAAACAGAAGCGGAAACUCCGCAAACACGCAAAUCGACGCGAGAGAGGAAGCCAAGUGAACGAGCUCGCGAAGCAGCAGCUGGUUCCUGUGCAGUUUACCGAAGCAGCUUCUUCGUCGGCAGCGAACAGAGACUGCACCGGCGAAGUCUUCCUCCAGAGCCAAGAAAUUACAAAGAACUUAUAGGCCACCAAUUUGAACAAGACUUCAAAGAAGCCAUGGAAAUCGAAUGGACAAACGUAAAUAAACGUGGAACGGUUAAGCCAAUCCCAAGGGAUCAGGUAACCGGCCAAGUCCUACCACUGACAUGGGUAUUCAAAUACAAGUUUAACAAACAUGGGUAUCUUCAAAAGUUCAAAGCACGAAUCUGCGUCCGAGGUGAUCUCCAACAGCUAGGCUCCAAGGAGACCUAUGCAGCCACCCUCGCAGGCCGUUCAUUCCGAAUCCUGAUGGCAAUCACCGCCAAAUUUGACCUCGAGACGAGACAGCUCGAUGCGGUCAACGCAUUCACUAACAGUGUACUUGACGAAGACGUCUACGUACAAUUCCCAGACGGCUAUCGCCGCAGAGGAUGGGUCCUGAAACUGCUACGAGCAUUAUACGGACUAAGACGGUCACCUCUGCUAUGGCAGAAGGACCUGACCGCAGCCUUCGAGAAACUUGGCCUCAGACAGAGCCAAGAGGAGCCAUGCCUUUUCACAAACAGCUGGCUCACAAUUUUCUUCUUCGUUGACGACAUCGUCCUGUUGUACCGUGCCAGACACCAAGACGCCGCGGACAAAUUCAUCGUCAAACUGAAGACUCAAUAUGAAAUGAAGGACCUAGGCGAACUCAAGUGGUUCCUAGGCAUUCGAGUCCUGAGAGACAGAGCGGCUCGCAAGCUAUGGCUCUGCCAAGACUCAUACAUUGAAAAGAUUGUAAAUCAAUACGGGAUCACAAAGCGUGACCAGUUCAAAGGAAAUUUAUUCCCCACGAACGACCUGCAACGUCGAAAGGACAAGGCAAAACCAGACCUUGUUCAUCGAUAUCAGCAGAAGGUCGGCUCCGUCAACUAUGUCGCGGUCAUCACACGACCAGACAUUGCAAAACCGAUAUCCAAGCUUGCAGAAUUCCUACUCAAUCCAUCAGACCAGCAUGUAUACCUGGUGGAUCGCUUAAUGGAAUAUCUCUGGCCCACUCGGUUUCUCGCCAUCCAAUUCAAUGGAACAAGCAGUUCCGCAGAAGUGAUCAAAAUCAACCACAGCAGCGUUCCACGAGAACUCCGCAUCGCAUCAGACGCUGCAUUCGCUGACGACCCAGAAACACGAAAAUCAUCACAAGGAUGCUUUAUUUCCCUAUUUGGAGGACCCGUCAGUUGGAAAGCAGGAAAGCAAACCACAGUCACGACCUCAUCAACCGAGGCAGAACUGCUAGCGUUUACUCACACGGCAAAAGAGGCAAUUGCCACACAACGCCUAUUUCAACAAAUUGAUCUUCAGUUAGAUCAUCCACUCCUUAUUGAAUGCGACAAUAAGCAAACAAUCAGAUUAAUCGAAGCUGAUCUUCCACGACUGAAGACACAGCUCAAGCACGUAGAUGUUCAUAACUGCUGGGCAAGACAAGCCUAUCAGCAAGGAGAAUUUCAAAUCUCUUACACGCCAACCACUGAAAUGGUCGCGGAUGGUCUCACGAAGAUCUUACCAGGCCAGAAAUUCAAGCAUUUUGUCGAACAACUUACACUCGUUGAUAUCAGAAGUGUCCUCGAGACACAAGACGAAUCCGAUAGCGACUGA